CCACCAGUUGUUGCUCUUUCUGUUGAAGUAUUUGAUUUACUGGAAUUUUCAAAUUUUAGCACACAAAGCUAGGGUUUACGCAAUCACAAAAAGCUCAGUAUUCGAUCUCGUGCUGAAAUCUGUCAAGGUUUUGUUGCGGUUGGUUAUCUUUUUCAGCUGGAAAGGAUAAAGAAAACAAUGGAUUUUGAUGAGGAACAAAAUGGAGAAACUGACCAACCAAAUGAAGAUGUGGAAAUGGCUGAUAAAGUAGGCGAUAGGGAAGCCCAUGAAUUAAAACCUUCAAUCAAUGGUUGUUCAGUAAGAAAACUUUUUGUUGGAGGCAUUUCUUGGAUGACAACUAAAGGUAUUGAUGCUAUUAUUGUAAUAUUACGUUCGAAAUUGGACCCUCGGUUUUUUAACCUGAAAUAUUUGAAUUCUUUAGUACUCUUAAAUCUAUGUGAUUGCGGGAAAUCUAUUCGCCUCAGUUUUCAUAUUCUUAGAGAUAUGUUUUCCACUGUUUUCACAUUGAGAGACUUGUCUUUCUUUGCAAUGAAUAAGCUUUAAAAGUGAGAUUACAAUGGUCUUGACUUGGACAUGAAUAUUGGAGUUUUGGUUAUGUAGUUAAAUUAUUCUAAAAUUGGUUGCUGAAAAUCUUCUAUAUUAACAUUAGGCUUCUAUUGCAUCUUAGUGUGUUGUAUUCUUAUCAAUUGCCUUACGCAUAUUCUUGGAGCUUAAAAAUAGUGUGUUGGCUGGUUAAAGCAUGCUUGAUGAUAUAUCACUAAUGUGUUGUAAGUAGUCAUUUGUCACCUGGCCAUGCGGAUAUGGCUCAUUUUAAAGAUUCAUGUAAUAGUUAAUACUUGAUUGGGGUGUGGGAAGUUGGGUUUUGGCUUUCUUUGAACAUCAAAUAGUAAGGAGAGGCAACCUUUGCAGUAUGUGUUCCUAACAUGAAAAUGAAGCAUUUUAAAGAUUCAUGUAAUAGUUAAUACUUGAAUGGGGUGUGGGAUUUUGAGGUUUGGCUUUCUUCGAACAUCAAACAGUAAAGAGAGGCAACCUUUGCAGUAUGUGUUCCUAACAUGAUAAUGAGGAGGCAUUUUAAAGAUUCAUGUAAUUGUUAAUAUUUGAUUGAGUAAUUGAGUUAAUCUUCUCCUUCAAUAGUAAAUUUAGUUUCUUCAAAUGCUUUUUUCAUGUAAUAGAAAAUGUUUAAUUUUUAACAGUGACAAACCUCAAAAUAGUUUGCCCAAGUAAACUAUGUUUCACAUCUAUUUUUGAGAUCAGUACAUCUACUUUAUCUGCAUUCCUGUUUUCAUGAUAUCUGACUAUCUUUGCUCUAACCUCAUUUAGUAACUUUUUUCUUUAACUUUCCAGAAUCACUUAGGGAGUAUUUCAGUCGAUUUGGAGAGGUAGCUGACUCUGUAGUGAUGUAUCAGAAAAUCUCUGGAAUGCCACUAGGAUUUGGAUUUGUUACAUAUGCUGACACGGAAAUUGCAGAUAAAGUUUUAAAGGAAAACCAUAUCAUAGAUGAUAGAAAGGUCGACGUGAAGAUACCAGUAACUUAUAGACAGAGAAUUUUUGUUGGUGGUCUUCCAUUAUCUUUAACUGAAGGCGAGUUGAAGGAAUAUUUUUCUUCUUAUGGCAAUGUUGUGGGGCAUCAGAUCAUUUUGGAUAAAACAACUGGUCGGAGCCAACGUUUUGGCAUUGUGAGUUUUGAUAAAGAGGAAGCAGUUGAAAAAGUUUUAUCUAAUGGCCAUAUCCAUGAACUUCGUGGCAAACAAGUUGAAAUUAAGAGGGCUAAGUCAAAGAGAGAUUGUGCUGAACAUACAAGUGAAAGCCAGAUACAUCAUGGUGGGAGUGGUUCAAAAUCAUAUUAUGGCGAUGGUGGUUCUCUAGAGGCUUUUGGCGGUGGAUAUGGUGGAAAUAUGGGUAGCGGUUAUGGUGUAUAUGAAGGAUACGGUGACUAUGGCGGGUAUGGCAAGUUUGCAGGAAGUUAUGGUGUAAGUCCUACAGGAUUUUACUCUGGAUACGGUUAUGGAUUUUGGUUUGGUGAAGCUAUGUAUGGUGCAGCUGGUUACGAAGGCAGCACCUAUGGUAUACCUGCCUACUAUGGUGGUGGUAGUGGUUAUGGGAACAGAGGUAACGGCUCGAAUGAUGGGGGAAAUGGAGGAUAUGGAGGUGGUGGCGGAAAUGGUGCCUAUGCAUAUGGGAACGCUGGUGCUGCUAAUGGAAGGUUUGUGCCUGCCUACUAUGGUGGUGGUAGUGGUUAUGGGAACAGUGGUAACGGCUCGAAUGAUGGGGGCAACAGAGGAUAUGGAGGUGGUGGCGGAAAUGGUGCCAAUGCAUAUGGGAACGCCGGUGCUGAUAAUGGAAGGUCUGUGCCUGCCUACUAUGGUGGUGGUAGUGAUGAUGGGAGCAGAGGUAACGGCUCGAAUGAUGGGUGCAACGGAGGAUAUGGAGGUGGUGGGGAAAAUGGUGCCACCGGUGCUGAUAAUGGAAGGUCUCAUCCUUCUUUGAAGUGACAGGAUCGCCUCCAAGGCUGCAAAUAUUUGAUGACUUUUGACCACUAACUUCUAGUAAGAUAGAUGUAUUAGCCUGUUAGCUUUGGGAUGUAAAGAUAGCAUAGUUCUUUGUUUUAACUUUUACAAGUUUAUCAACCAUUUUAUAUUGUAAGAAAA